UUUUUUUUGUACACUAUAAUAAUUCAGGUCACCUAAAGGAUAAAAAAAAACUAUCUUUUAUUUUCCCUUUUUCCUUCUUCUCUUUCAUAUAUACACCAUUAUGGAUUAUUCUUUGCAUGCCACUACGACUACUACAACUACGACGACUACUACUUCUUAUUUAGAUAGUGAUCAAAAUCAAAGUCAGAUCAAUACCAAUGAUAAUAUUUUACAGCAACAAAAUAAUAAUAGAUCUUAUGCAAUAUUUAAUAACACGAAUCCAUCUACUUCAAUUCUUUUUGAUAACGCAAGUUCUCCUCCUCUAGAGACUUCACAUUUGAUUAUGAAUACACGACCCAUUACGGAAAUACAAGAGUCUUGGAAUCCGCAUCGACUUCAUCAUUCCGAUGACUUGUAUAAUAGUUCUCCUAUUCCAGCUUUGCCUCAUACGGAACGUGGCAUUGCUGGUUUUGUGUCAAAACUUUAUCAAUGUCUCCAGUCAAAUGAUAAUAAUCAACAAUAUGCAAGAUGGUGUAAACAUGAUGGAAAAGAUAUGUUUAUUAUCGAUCGUAUACCAGGUAAAUAUAUAAAGAGAGAAAGAAAGAGAGAGAGAGUGAGAAAGACCAAUUUUUUUAUGCAUGUAAACACAUAUUACAUAUCUUAAUUUAUUUAUGUAGAAUUUACUGAGGUGGUCUUACCACGUCUUUUUAAACAUUGUAAAUUCCCUUCAUUUGUACGCCAAUUAAACAUUUAUGGAUUUCAAAGAGAUACAGAUGCAAGGAAAUCUAAAGAUACAAAAGAUAAAGAUUCUUGUAGAUGGUAUCAUCCUUGUUUUAGACCAGGUCGAAGAGAUCUGUUUCAUUUG